AUGAUGUCCAGGCAACUGCCCCAUGUAAAGAGAGCGGUGGCCGAAGGAGUGCACUGGGGACCUCUUUCAUUUCUGGGAACUUUACGGUCGUUUCCAGUUUUUGUGUUUGCUUAUACAUGCCAUCAGAACAUGUUUGCCAUUAUCAACGAAUUGAAGGCUCACGAAACAUCGGGCUCCCAAACAAGACAGUCCAAUAUCAUCAUUCGUAAUGCCAUUGCAACCGCUUGCACCUCAUACUUGGUGGUGGGAUUGUGUGGCUACAUUUCGUUUGGUUCCAAAGUCACUGGAAACAUCGUAGCCAUGUACCCAACAGAUUCGAUACUGUCACUCAUUGGUCGUCUUUGUAUUGUGAUCAUGGUGAGCCUUUCAUUUCCUCUUCAAUGCCAUCCGUGUCGUGGAUCCAUCAACCAUAUCAUCUACUUUAUCUCCAAUGGUAUUCAUGAUAUAAAGAGCCAAAGUGGAUACCAGCAAAUUGAGGACAUGGGAGAAGAAGUCAACGUAGAGGAAGUUGAUGAGCUGUUCAUCACCACAACUCCUAUGGAAGGAGCCCAUGAUACAGACGGCCAUGAUCCCAUGAUUGUGCCACUUUCCAAACGCAACUUUUACAUCAUCACCACUUUCAUUGUUGUUUUGGCGUAUCUCGUGGCCAUCACAGUGACAUCUUUGGAGCAUGUCUUGGCAUUUGUGGGGUCGACUGGGUCGACAUCCAUCUCAUUCAUUUUGCCUGGUCUUUUUGGGUACAUGUUGAUUCAGCGUACCGAUGGACCUUUGGACAAAUUAGAACGUUUUUGCAAAUAUGGGGGAUUGGCACUCUCGAUAUGGGGAGUGGUGGUGAUGGUUGUUUGCUUAGGGGCCACGAUAUUCUUGGGAGCAACGCACUAG